UGCGCUUAGCCUGGGGAAAGCGUUAGGGUGGGACAGGGGUUUCUUGGAAAGCGGUUUUUGCGCGAAGGGGGCAAAAUCGCGGGAAGAGGCCUUAAGAGAAUUGGAGGUGAGGGGUGGAUGGCUAACGGCGCGAAUGUCCGCGUUGUCCCCGGGGGAGACGAGAGCAGUGAGAGCGACGACGACGGCUGGGGGAUCGGGUUCAUGUCCGAGGCCCAGUGUUUAGAUAAAAUCUUGCAUACCGAGAAUAAAAAUGAAGUUUUCAAAAAAGCAUUAACUGCUGGAAGCUUGUCUGUCAUUGAGGAACUCUUAAAUACAGGCAUAAAUGUAGAAUCUAGCCUUCAGUUUGGAUGGACUCCCCUCAUGUAUGCAGCUAGCGUUGCGAAUGUGGAACUUAUGUAUCUCCUUCUAAGCAGAGGUGCAAAUGCAAGUUUUGAGAAGGAUGAUUAUUCAAUAUUGAUGGCUGCAUGUACUGCAUCUGGUUCAGAAGAACAGAUUUUAAAGAGUGUAGAACUACUGCUUUCAAGAAAUGCAAAUCCUAAUGCUGCAUGCAAGAAGAAAAUGACUCCAUUAAUGUAUGCAGCCCGAGAAGGCCAUUCACAAGUUGUUGCUCUCCUUGUUGUUCAUGGAUCACAAGUAAAUGCCCAAGAUAAAGGCGGUUACACUGCAUUAACAUGGGCAGCAUGCCAGGGUCAUAAAAAAGUAGUAUUCAAGCUGCUUGAACUUGGAGCUGAUAAAUCAAUACAGACACAAGAUGGACAGACCCCAGGAGAGAUUGCAAAGAAGAACAGGCAUUUAGAGAUUUUCAGUUUACUUUCUUUGACGGCAAGUCCUUUCCAAAGAAAAUUCCAGAACCUGAGUAAAGAAGAACCUAUUCACAGAUUAAUAACUGCAGUUCCAGAAGCCCUUAAAAGCCACAAAAUCAGGUAGUACCUCAGACUUCAGAACUUAAGUUUUGAAAGUUUGUCUCUGGGAAAAUACUUUCAUCUCUUAUAGGAAAGAGAAAUACCUUUAAGACAGCUUUUGACAAUGGGAAAAGAAGACUUAAUACAGAUUGGCAUUGACAAUGCUAGAGAUCAACAAAAAAUUUUAGAUGCUGUUAAAGAGCUACAUGUAGAAGAAGUAAAGUUGGAAGAGCUGACUGCAGUGACAAAUUUGGAAUUCAGUGGUGAUGAAUUUCUUUCCUUUCUUAUGAAACUAAAAAGGCAAUGCAUUCAACUUAAAACUUCUGUGCAGAAUGUUAUUGGUCAGUUUCCGACAGAGGCUCAUAAGUUGGUUCUUGAAUGGAGUCCACCCCAUAGUCUAGCUAAAGUGUGUGAAGACCUGAUUUUGAGUGCUGAAGAUCUUACUGCAGAGGCUGUAAAACUAAAAAUGCGCCUGAAUAAGCUCCAAGAUGGGCAGAAUCAUGAUCCUUGCCGAAUGCAACCUUUGGUGGAACACAGCAGAUGGAAGACAACUUUUUUAAAAAUAGCAGCAGUAACUAUGGUUGGGUCUGGAUGUAUUUUCUUUAUUUUCAAGUUAUCUCUAAAGAAAAAUUGAAUUAAAAUAAGAUUUUAUGUAUAGUUAAUAAACCUAGACAAUUCUCAAGUUUUAAUCUAGAAGGGUACAUUGAUUUUCACCAUUCCUAAGUUAAGCAUACAGCUCUCUUGCACCAAUGCUAUUGAAGUUGACGUAUUUUUGCUUGCGCAAUGCUUCAAGUUUUCUUUGCAAAAAAUAAGGGUGGGGUAGGAAUUAGAAGCAAAAUGCUUCCAACUUCCACUUGUAUAACCUCUUUGUUAUGCACAAAUAACACUCCAGAUACAAAGUCACUCAGCUCUCAUUCUGACAGCUUGAUUUGGGGUUAUAGCAGAAACAAGAGUGAUUUGCUUCUCACUGUUAAAAUACGAAAAUGGGUGUGUUUGUGACAGCUCUGCUGGUAAAUUAGCAGUGUCCUUCAGAAUAGUCAUGAGGCUGAGUUGUAACCUUUACCUUUAUAUAUUAGUCACCACUACAAGAAAUCCCAAUUCUUAGAUUUUCAAAUUUUAAAUCCAUAUGAAUACAUGUAUAUGUUUCAGAUACAUAUUGAUAUACAUAUAAUGUAACUGAGUAAACACUAUUUUUUAUUCAUUAGGCUAUGCCACAAGUUUGCUUAGUUUUCAUUCUGACAUUGCUAUAAGAAGUUAAUAUUCAAGAACGUUACUUUCAUCUGGAUUUGCUUACUUCCUGAUCUGAGUUAUUUUUAAAAGCAAGAUCAAAAGAUCUCAGCAAAAUUAGUUUAUAAUUAUAACAACAUAAUUGCUUAAUAUGCAAAAUGUUUAAUUUUUCAUUGUUAAUUUUAUGCCAUGCCAUAAACAAACCACAAUGGCUAGAUUUAUACACCACAUGGUAUAGUUUGAAUUAACAUUGAAGACUGAAGUGAAAAUAGAAAUAAUUCCAAACUGUGUAGAUUUCCCAAAUGCUCUCCCUGUCAUUGCAGGUUUAUUUUUCACAUUCACUAUAUAUUUUAUGCAGUGCAAGUAACUGAGAUCAAUAACCAAACCAGUUAUAAUGGAAAGGACUUCAUUAGUUAAAUCACCGUGUUCUACUUAUGAAAGAGUCUCUGUGAGGGAUUGUCAUAUGUACAGUAUAUUCCUGGUUCUAUUAAAACACUACUAUUGGGGUCUACAUGAUUAUGUAUCACAAAUUGUUAUUGAAAUUCUCAAUAUUUUAAAAACUGAAAGAAGAUUAGACGUUCAAUAAACUCCCUUGAGUUUUAUGACUUAUAAUGGCACUGAGUGCAUUUUAAAAUCAGGUAUGACUUAACAAAUGGGCAACAUGGUGCCAUUAAAAAGUUAAGUACCUUCAGCAUGGUUGAGUCAUACAAGUCAAAAGUCUGUUUGCUUAGACUAUAUUAAAGAAUUAGAAUGGACAAGUUAAAGUUAAUGUCCACAAAUUGCGACUUAAGCAACAUGAUUUUAUUUUAAAACAUAAGAAAUAUCGGUGGUGUGAAAGCAUACUACACGGAUCUGGUAGCUGAACUUAGUAAAUUAGGGUUUUAAUAGAUAUAACUGCCAUACUACCAAAGAAAAAAAUAUUCAUCCAAAUACUUUGGAAAUCCUCAGCCUUCUAGUGUUAAUAGAAAAUACCUGGAUAGAAAUUAUACCGUGUUAUAGUCAGGAUUUUCAACAAUACAUGGUUAAUUGUAGAGGUGUUUAUCCCAUUUUAUUAUUUUUAUAAAUAAGAUGAACAUACCUAAAAUGCCUUUAUCAUCCUAUUUUCCCCACAACUAUCCUAUGAGGUGGUUUGGGCUGAGAGAAAAUGACUGUCCAAAAGUCACAUAGCCAGCUUAUUGGAGUUAGUCCAAUAACUCAGUAAUAUCAUACCAAAAACAAAUAAAAAGCAAAUUGCUGUUAAAUAUUUGUCAAAGAACCAACUUCCAUCCUUACUAUGAACAGGAUUUGUAAAGAAGGACCAACUUUAAGCAAUGCAACUUUUGUCAUUCCUUCAAAGAAAAGGAUCUCUUCUAGCAGUUAUUAAAAUAACAUUUUUGCUGUACCAUUUUCCUCCCUAACUCAUCUUUAUAUACUGUAGAUAUUCCUUAACAAAUGAGUUACAUGGCCACUUACGCUUUUUCAUGAACUCAGUCUUAAUACUUAUGAGUGAUAAUUUGGGAUAAGUAUGAGCCAAGUGAAGUCAAGCAUAUCUGAAUCAACAAGUGCAAUGGAUUGGUCAUGGCUUUGACUGGAAUACCUGUUGCAGCAUCACCUGGGACAAGAGGACCUGGUAGUAAAACUCCUUACUACCACCCAGUCAGACUACUUGUAAUGCCCUCUACUUUGUGCUGCCCUUUAAAAGUGCUUGGAAACAACCGUUGGUCCAAAAUGCGAUGGCACACAUCAUUACAUUUGUGGAUUUCACAUUGAUUCCAGUUGAUUUUCAGGUCCAACUUAAGGUACCGUUAUUGAUCAAAAGUGGUUAUCUGGAUACCUUCAGGAUCACCUCCCAUCGGUAAGUUACACAAAAAAGAAACUGCUGUGAAUCCUGCAUUUUGAGAUAUUUCAGGGAUUGGUUAAGUGAUGGUGA